UGGCGGUUUUUCGAUAAAAAGUGUCGCGAGUUUUACUUUUUAUCAGUGAAUUUUGCGUCUCUACGGGAUUUUUGUAGUCUGUUUGGUGCUCUGAGAGAAUUCUGAGGCAAUGCCGCCCACCGGUGGGUUCACGUUUGGGCAGACGCCGGCCCAGCCAGCACAGGGAAGCCUGUUCGCCAUGCCAGCUCCUGCUGCCACUUCUACAGUCGGCGGACUCUCUUUCGGAACACCAGCUACGACAACGGCAACUAGCACUGGCACCAUAGGAGGGCUGACAUUUGGAGCAGCCCCAGCCGCUGGUCUUGGAGUGGGCACCACAACUCCAGCGACAGGACUGUCCUUCGGCACCCCAUCCACCAAGACAGGCAACACAUCAGGCUUCACCCUCAACCUGACCAACACUGCCCCCGUCACCACCUCCAACUUUGUCCUGACCCUCCCCACGGCUGCCACCACCACUGCCUCCAUAUUCGGCACACCUGCUGCAGCCACCACCGCAGCAGCUACGACAGGUGGCUUGUUCGGCACGCCAGCUGCGAGUACAGCUGGGCUGAUGGGUGGCAUCUUUGGCAACAAGACCACUGCUGCCUCCACAGCAGCCACCACCACUACAACAGGGCUGGGCGGGGGUCUGUUUGGGGCAACACCAGCCACCACAGGUGGUCUUAAACUUGGUGGCCUUGGUACAACUACAACAACCACCACUGGUACAGGGCUGGGCGGUGGGUUUACUUUUGGUGCACCAGCAACAACAACUACGACAACUACAGCUGGUGGCCUGGCCUUGGGAGGGUUGACUGGUCUGGCUGCACCGGCCACUACUACAGCCAGUAUAGGGCUGGGUGGGACCGGCCCCACUUCCCAGGCCAGCACUGCAACAACAGGCACUGUAGGAACUAAACCAGGGUAA